AUGGAAUUCGUUGCCGCGACAAAAGAUGGCUUGGUUGUGUACGACGCUGCGGACAUUGACAAGUCCACAGACAAUGGCGGUAACUGGUCCAGCGGCCGGUGUUCGGACGGCCGCAAGCUCGCUGUGCUAGCGUCGAUGCCUUCUGCCCCCAACGCUUUCGGUUUCGCUUGGAGCGACGAUGGCCGGUAUCUCGCCUCCGUUUGCGAUGAAGGCGUCCGCAUCUACGAUGCCGACAAGAGCUACAAGAAAGUGCGGGAACUCGAGAAGGUCGCACCAGAUGUGCAAGGCCGUGCUGGCGGCGUCCGAUCUCUGUACUUUUCGCCGAAAAACAGCUUCCUGGUGACUUACGAGAAGUGGGACCCGCAGUAUCCGGAAAAUGUCCACGUGUGGGCUUUGGCCGGAGAUAGGGCUGGGGAACGCGUCCGCUCGUGCACCCUGAAGGGCUACACCUCCGGCGCGCUGCCUGUGAGCGUGCUGUCCUGGACCUACGAUGAGUCCUCCUGUUUGGAAUUACUGCCGGGUGUAGGAGUGGUGGUCCACGAUGGGGACCUGGAGAAUCCGACAGAUCCCGAGGACGACGAGAAGGUCAUUCCAGAGCCCAAUCUCGCCAACUUCCUGAUCUCCCCGGCUCCCCAGAAGGACGCCUGCUGGGUGGCUGUGUACGUUCCGCAGCAGAGCAUGGUCGCACGCGUGUCACUGUACCACCUAAGCAAGCCGACGAAGCUCGUCAUGGAGCUGAACCUGCCUAAGAAGGUCAAGGACUGCCAGAUGCUGUGGAACUUUGACGGCUCUGCGAUGCUCGCCAAUGCAAUGAGCGACGUGGACGAAACUGGCAACUCGUACUUCGGGAGUACCUACCUCUACUGGCUGAAGCCCGAUGACCGGAAGAAGGCCGCAGUCUGCGGGGCGGAGGACGGUCUCGUGCAGGACUUGGCGUGGUCUCCAAUUGCUAACGAGUUCAUGGUCAUUGUCGGCAUGCUUCCUGCUGAUGUGAACCUCUACAGUGGUGCCACAGGGAAGCUGGAGAAGAGCCUCGGGAAGUCGAAAAGGAACACGCUGAAGUGGAAUCCGUUCGGCCGCUUUGUGGCCGUAGCCGGCUUCGGAACUCUUCCAGGGGACUUGGACUUCUACGAUCGCUCCAAGGACGAGACAGUAUCCUCGCUGCGAGCUGCUUUGACCGUGGACUGCUCCUGGUUUGGGGACGGCAGGCAUUUCAUGUCCGCCACCGUGGCUCCACGCAUGAACGAGGGCAACCAAGUGACGAUCUACAAGUACACUGGUGAGCCCUUGGCCAAGAUCGAGUUCAAGCCCGAUAAGAUCGAGGCUCGCCACGAAGACACCGGAGCUGGUGCGAGGACGAAGACGCAGGCCUUGCUCUAUGCUGCCAAAUGGCGCCCAGAUGGGAAAAAGGCACAUGAGGAUCGCCCUGCCAGCCCUCCGCGCGAUGGCGAGAAAAGGCCAAAAGGCCUUCCCACCAACGCAGCUGCAGGCGGCACAGGUCCUCCCGCUGGCGGCGCCUAUCGCCCAAGGAAUGCCGAUGGCGGUGUUGGCACGGUCGCGGCGAUGAUGCGCGGAGAGAUCAACGUCCCGGAAUCUGCCGGACCUGGCCGGGGGCGGCUGGAGGAGUGGGAGUCCAAGCCGGUUGCGCCACAGCUGGAAGAGUGGGAGAUCAAGAAGCUGGAGAAGGAGGCCAAGAAGGUGGCGGAGCAAAAGCAGAAGGAGGAGCAAGAGAAGAAGAAGGAGGCCCUGAGGAGCCUGGAGAAGGGCGAGAAAGACACGAAGAAACGGAUUCGUGAGCUUCAGCAACAGCUGGAAGAGUUGGAGAAAGUGAAAGACAAGGAUUGGGACGAGCUUACCGAGGAGGACGAGGUUGUCCUUGAAGGCGAAGCUGCACUGCGUGCAGAGCUUGCAGCCCUCGAGGCCAAGUAA